GGAGUGCGUCGAUUUCUCCCUAUGAGUAGUAAUUCUCCCUACAUGAGGUGGCGUAUGGCAUCAUGUGUGAGAAAUUUAUCAAUUAUAAGCCACAAAUGCGAGUACAGAAACGAAUGAUUCACGGCCUUAGCCAUCGACUGAGGCAUUGUGCGAAAAUGCCAUAAACAAACGUAUCAGUCUCACGCCAUCAUUCGCCUCUGGACAAUGUCUGUAUUUGGCAAAGAGUUCGAUAAGGAUUGGCCUCUCUUCCACUUUGAUCGAAAGCUGACAAAAUUUGGAGAGAAACUUUUGCUCAAAUGUCGGAAAAUAGAAAAACCGGAUAACAUCAAUGUUAACAUUGAGGAGUUUAUGGCAAAGUCUGAAGAUUUUCCCAUUGAAUUUCCUAUCAAAACUUGUCGGGUUAAAUCUCAACCCAAGGAGCGUCAUCCCCGAAUAGUGCAACAGAUAGUGUCGGCUUACCCUUUGAUACACGAGAAAGUCCUUUUUCUAAUAAUAGACUUCUUGCAACACAAACUUAAGUAUGGAUCUUCCAAAGAGAAAAAACUAUACGAAGACAUGUCAUUGACUGAUUUUGUUCAACGCCUUUUAACCAAAAGAUGUGUCAGUUUUUAUGGCGAGGAUGAUGACUAUAUGCUAUUAGAUGCUAAUACCGGUUACGGGCCCAAGUAUAUGCAAGUUGGCAGCAAGCAAGAAGCCGAUCCUCUCAUAUUGAAAAAUGUACUCAGCUAUGAUGAGAUCAAGAUUUCAGCUUUUCUUUCCAUUUCUUCAUUGACUGAUUUUAUUAACGACGGAAACCGCGCCAAUGCCGGCAUACCCAUAUCGGAUGCAUCAAAAAUAGAACCUGAAGGUCUAGUGGUGGGUAUGAUUGGAGCCAGAUUUGAACGCAAGGGACUUAUGGAAUGCCAAGAUAUUGUUGUAACCAAAACCCAAAAUGUCGCCGAAAAUGGUUAUGGCGUUAAAAGUUUUGAACCUGUCAAACUGCAUAAGCCAAUGCUUAAUGCUCUCAAUCCCCUGAAAAAAGUGGACAAACUUGCCAAAAGUCGUGAUUAUAGACGCAUUUGGAAUAAAUUCUAUCAGGAGUACGAUCAUCUACAUGAAGAAGUGACGAAGGAUAAUAAACGUUUUGCCGAUUCCUUGAAUGUCUAUGUCACCUUCGACAAUGUGAUGAUGAAGAAACGCUAUGCCAUAUCAUUUGAUAUGUUACUCCUGGAAGCAGAAAGGAGAGCCAAGGAGGCGGGCAAACUGGCCUAUAUACAUGUGGUUGGAUUUGGUUUGGGUGUUUGGCGUGCUGCUGCCCAGCAGGAGAAGAUUUUCUUGGAGACUUUCUACCAGCGUUUAAAAUAUUUGCUGCCUUUUCUUAAUAACAUAGGCGUCGUACAUUUCGCAUGGUUCAACUUAAACGAAUGGGGAGAUUUGAAACACAAGGGAAUUUUGAAGUCUGACUAUCAUCCCCGAAAUGGCAUCAAAACUUUGAUCUCAAAAAGAAAUCCCAACGACAAAUUGGAAUCACCCGAUUACGAUAAUAUGCUGCUGAUAGUGUCCUAUGCUUGGGAUGGUAAUGCCCUGCCGGGCAAUGAAUUUUGGGUGCGAAAACUUCAAGCCUCCAAUGAUCCAUCUACGGCCUGCAGUACCCUAAUAUCGGAAAUUCAUAAUCCUCACAUUAACAUGAAAUUUGUGAAUGGCAAUAAUUUGCACAUCGCCUCUGCUGAUCAUGGCGUGAUUCAUCUCAAAGAAUAUGUGGAACAUUUAUUAACAGCCAAUGGGUAAAAAAAAGUUUUGUCAGUUAUGCUGUGAUUUACGUUUGUACCCUUCUUGCUCUCUUACUUGUACAUAAUCGAACUAUAUAAACGUUAAAUAAAUGAUUUUUAAAAGUU